AUGAACUACGAAUUAUCUGACACUUGGGGAUACAUUCCUCUGAAUUCAAGUGCUGGAGGAGAUGAAGAGACAAGCGCAAUGUCUGUCGAUGAGUAUCUGCUGCAGAAGAUAGGGGAACCCAGAAGGAAAGAACUAUACAAAGUAAUACCAAUGACUUUUGUUUAUUGCGUUAUUAUGGUGACCGGCCUUGUGGGCAAUACUGCAACAUGUGUGGUUAUUUCUAAAAACAAGUUUAUGCACACAGCUACGAACUAUUAUCUCUUCAAUCUGGCCAUGUCAGACAUUUUGUUUUUGGUGUUGGGACUGCCAAUCGAAAUUUACGAAUUCUGGCAAAAAUAUCCUUAUGUUUUUGGAGAAACGUUUUGCCUUAUCCGCACCCAUACUUCGGAAGCCGCCACAUACGCCUCCAUUUUGACAAUCACUGCGUUCACUGUGGAGCGGUAUGUGGCUAUUUGCCACCCAGUGCGCGCACAGACGGUAUCCAACUUGUCCCGCGCUGUCAAGGUGAUUGUUGUGAUAUGGAUUGUAUCUCUACUCUGUGCGAUUCCAAUGACAGUUCAGUUUGGAAUCAAGUAUGAAAUCGACCCCGUCACCAAUGUGUCCAUUCCAGAAUCUGCCAUGUGUCAAAUAGUCAUAGACAAGCCGAUCAAUGAAGCUUUUGAAAUAUCGGCGUUUUUGUUUUUUGUUGCACCAAUGAGCGUUAUUUCUAUAUUAUACGGUCUGAUAGCCUUAGCUGUUCGGAGGUCGACAUUAUCUAGAGCGGGCUCCGAUUCUUCGGCUUCCAGCGAAGAAGGGGUCGGAGUAACAUUACGAGCUCAAAAACAUGCCAAAGCCAGAACAGCUGUCCUCAAAAUGUUAUUUACAGUUGUCGUGGCUUUUUUCGUGUGCUGGGCGCCGUUUCACGUGCAACGCCUGAUGGCCAUCUACAUCGAGGAGGACGAUUGGACCCCGCAACUGCUAGAAAUAGACACGUACACAUGGUACAUUUCCGGAGUCUUGUACUACGGCAGCUCAACUAUCAACCCGAUCGUCUACAGUAUUAUGUCGCUCAAGUUCAGGCAGGCAUUCCGUAAUACCUUUAUGCGGCCAUGUUGCACUAGAAGUUCCAGUUCAAGAGGAAGAAAGAACCAUUCUAAAUACCAGACGUAUAAGUUUAAGAGAUCCGUGGAUUCCCAAUACUGCUCCUCAGUUGAAGGGUCUCAUUCCCCAAAAUUUAAAGCCGAAAGAAACGGUAAUUUGGAAGGAACAAGAAAUCCAAGGCAAAACAUCGAAAUGAAGACAAAGAGUGGUGAUAAUAAUCAAGUUGAAUUAGUCUGCCAAGCGCAACUUGGGACCACUAAACCUUAUGCUAGUGAACCCUCGGUGCCAGUAGGACCAGGGGAACCGCUUAAGCCUAAAUACAACUGUGUUGUAGAAAUCCAGGCCAACCCCCUGUCAGACCCCCAAUAUACGACAUCCCUCAGGGAUCUACACAGCAUAAGGAGCGUUUAGAAUUACGCAGCUUACACAGCAUAAAGACACAGUGGGCUGUUCGCCCAUAAGUGGGGUACAAAUGGACGCACGUUGCUGUACUUUGUUGCUCCUCAGUUUUAACAUGGUAAUAAUAGGCCCCUGGGAUGUCGCAAAGUAUCAAUGCAAAGCAUCUUGUGCGAAUUGUACAAGAUAUAAAAUCCUAGUGCAUGGGGGAAAGUUUCGGCACAGCCUGAUCACUUGAAAUACGACAGUUCAAGAUGAUUGGUACGUUAUAAAUCAGCGAAUCAAGUUAAUUAGCUACAAGUUAACUAUAAGUUAGGUGUAAUUGACAUAAGAGGAAGUGGGUAGCGGCACGUUUUUGAGGCAACAUACGGGGAUCGAAAUCGAAUGAUAGAUAUAUGGCAAAAACAUACGCCAAAAUGCAUAUUUUUAGCUUAUGCCAUUACAUGUGUACAUCUGUAUCUUUUAGGAAUGUUUAUUGUGCCACCAAAGUAGAAUAAACAUUGACCAAGCCCAAAUCAACCUUGUUUAUAUGCUGAUAGUCAAAUGGAGG